UCUCUCUCUCUCUCUCUUGAUUUGAUAUUGUCUUAUUUUUUAUUCUCUUACUGUUUUGUGUGUCUUUCCUUCUUACUUCACUUCCUCUUUUAUGGGUUCAAUUCAAGUUGUUGUCUUUUUGGCCUUAUGCCAGCCUUCUCCUAGCUUCCUUCAAUGCUUGUAAAUUUUCACGUGCUCAAAUGGUUUUGAACACUAACUACAAUUGCUAUACCUCUUCUCCUGAAACAAUUUUCUGUUAUCAUUUUAUGUGCUAAAUCCAGCUUAAUAUUUGCAGAUUCUAAUUGGGUAGUUAUUCUUUUUUCUUUUUUUUUUGGUUCCUGUUCAGAUUUUUUAAGCCAUGGCGUUGAGCUUUUGUCCAAGCUUUGAGUACCAGCAGCAAGGCUACUUACCCUUGUAUCCACAAACUGAAACGGAUAUGGCAGCCGAGCUACUUGGUUGGCAUGAUGACAACUUCAGUACCUUUUCAGAUUGUUUCGUCGACCCUUUAUUUGGAUUUGAUGAAAUGUUCUACUCAGAUACCUACACUAGUCUUCUUCCAUACUUCUCUUCUCCUUCUGACGAUUUAAUCUCCCUCUCACCUGAAAUCUUUCCUCUCCAAGAAGUUGAGUCCUACCAGUACCCAAAACGCGAAAAAAUCUAUUCUGAUGACUGCCAAUCAAAUUUUGUACCAGCUUUCUCUGAUGGAUAUGUGGCGAGUUCUGUUCCUGUCCCAGAUUUCACGCCUGAAAUUCCAGCUUCAUUACCCAAGUUUGAGACUCCACUAUCAAGUUUUAGUGUAGGAAGGAGCGAGAGUAGUUGCGUGAAGAAACCAAAUGGAGGAAGCUUGUCUGCGCAGAGCAUUGCUGCGCGAGAGAGGAGAAGGAAGAUAACUGAGAGGACACAAGAACUUGGAAAGCUGAUUCCUGGAGGGAACAAGAUGAACACUGCUGAAAUGCUUCAAUCUGCUUCUAACUAUGUCAAGUUCUUGCAGGCUCAAGUUGGGAUUCUUGAACUCAUGGAAUCCACUCAGGAAAGGAAGGAAGAUUUGCAUAGAAAUGAACUCCAAGUUCUUCUUGUAUCUUCAGCAAUUCAAGAGAAGUUGUACUCACAGGAGAAGUGCUUAGUUCCAAGGGAGUUUCUUGAAACUAUGGCGAAUGAUCAUGAAAUUCAAUCAACGCCAUUUAUCAUUGAUGAGAUUGAUCGAUUGCUGGGAAUCAACAGCUAGCUAGCUAGCAUGAUCAUAAGAAAGGGUGCAUUUUUGUUCGCACCAAUUUGUUUCUAUGAUUAGGCUUUGUUGUUGUUUUCUUAUUCCCUCUAAUUACCCAUGUAUUAGGUGCUAAUUAUCAUUCGUUGUUUUUUUUUUCUCUAAUGUUAGAUAGGUGCUAAUCAAUGUUCCUUAGUCAUAGGUGCUAAUCUAAUCAAUUUCUUGUAAAAUUCUUAUAUCAAGAAAUGGAUUUUGCUUCUCUUCUUAUGUGAAUUAUAUUAUAUGAUAAUAUAUGUUUUUACAUAUUAAUCAAUAAUUGCUUAAUUUAGUCCAAUGAGUUGGUAAUAUUUUUUCUAUGCUUGUAUAGAAUUGGAAAGUGUAAGAUAAUGUGCUUUGAGUUUUUUUUUUUGUUUUCUUUUCACUAUUGUUACUCAGGUUCUAAAAACAGUCUCACUUUGAUAAUGUCAAAAAUCAAAGAACUAUCACAAAUCAAGAUGUUUUGAAUUCAUUUUUGGGUCUCACAUCCUGCUUAUUCAGAAAAUGGUAGGGUUAAAUUCAUUAGGACCCCCCUUCUUUUCUUUUUUUCUCCCUUUAGUUUUGGGUUUUUAGGCUGGAUCAUUGCAUUUGGCUUAAUGGUAAAAAAAAAAAAAA